AUGGAGCUGGGCCGAGCCUCUUUCAUCUGGAAGCACCACAGAAGCAUGGACCAAGAGCAGGGUGAGAAAGAGCUGCAGCAGACGAAUGGCAGCAGUCACACAAUGGCAUCUGUGGCUCUGAGUAGUUUGGUCCUUGUCAUCCCUGGGAGGCUGGCAUCACAGCCAGUGGUGGAACCGCCACCUCCACCCAGCGGCUGGUCCACUGUCGUCUUUGGACGAAAGAGCAGUGAGGUUGUGCUGGUGAGAUGGAAUGAGCCAUACCAGAAACUGGCUACAUGUGACGCAGAUGGAGGAAUAUUUGUGUGGAUUCAGUAUGAAGGCAGGUGGUCUGUGGAACUAGUCAACGACCGUGGUACUCAGGUGAGUGAUUUCACGUGGAGCCACGAUGGAACUCAAGCACUUAUUUCAUAUCGAGAUGGGUUUGUCCUCGUCGGUUCUGUCAGUGGACAAAGACAUUGGUCAUCUGAGAUCAACUUGGAAAGUCAGAUCACAUGUGGCAUAUGGACACCUGAUGACCAGCAGGUGCUGUUUGGCACAGCCGACGGGCAGGUGAUCGUCAUGGACUGCCACGGCAGGAUGCUGGCCCAUGUCCUGCUUCACGAGUCAGACGGUGUCCUCGGCAUGUCCUGGAACUACCCAAUCUUCCUGGUGGAGGACAGCAGUGAAAGCGACACAGACUCGGAUGACUACGCGCCUCCCCAAGAUGGUCCAGCAGCGUAUCCCAUUCCAGUGCAGAACAUCAAGCCUCUGCUCACCGUCAGCUUCACCUCGGGAGACAUCAGUUUAAUGAACAACUACGAUGACUUGUCUCCCACUGUCAUCCGCUCAGGCCUGAAAGAGGUGGUGGCCCAGUGGUGCACGCAGGGGGAUUUGCUGGCAGUCGCUGGGAUGGAACGACAGGCCCAUCUUGGUGAGCUUCCCAACGGUCCCCUUCUGAAGAGUGCCAUGGUAAAGUUCUACAAUGUUCGUGGGGAGCACAUUUUCACACUGGACACACUUGUGCAGCGCCCCAUCAUCUCCAUCUGCUGGGGCCACCGGGACUCAAGGCUGCUGAUGGCAUCAGGACCUGCCCUGUAUGUGGUCCGUGUGGAGCACCGGGUGUCCAGCCUGCAGCUGCUGUGUCAGCAGGCCAUCGCCAGCACUCUGCGCGAGGACAAGGAUGUCAGCAAGCUGACCCUGCCCCCCCGCCUCUGCUCCUACCUCUCCACCGCCUUCAUCCCCACCAUUAAGCCCCCAAUUCCAGACCCCAACAACAUGCGAGACUUUGUAAGCUACCCAUCCGCCGGCAACGAGCGGCUGCACUGCACCAUGAAGCGCACAGAGGAUGACCCGGAGGUGGGUGGCCCGUGCUACACACUCUACCUGGAGUAUCUGGGUGGACUUGUGCCCAUCCUCAAAGGGCGGCGCAUCAGCAAACUGCGGCCAGAGUUCGUCAUCAUGGACCCACGGACAGACAGCAAAUCAGAUGAAAUCUAUGGGAACAGUCUGAUUUCUUCUGUGAUCGACAGCUGCAACUGCUCAGACUCCAGUGACAUUGAGCUGAGUGAUGACUGGGCUGCCAAGAAAUCUCCCAAAAUCUCCAGAGCUAGCAAAUCACCCAAGCUCCCAAGGAUCAGCAUUGAGGCCCGCAAGUCUCCCAAGCUGCCCCGGGCUGCUCAGGAGCCCUCGCGGUCUCCCCGGCUGCCCCUGCGCAAGCCUUCGGUCGGCUCGCCCAGCCUGGCCCGGAGAGAGUUUCCUUUUGAAGAUAUCACUCAGCACAACUACCUUGCUCAGGUCACGUCUAAUAUUUGGGGAACCAAAUUUAAGAUUGUGGGCUUGGCUGCUUUCCUGCCAACCAACCUCGGUGCAGUAAUCUAUAAAACCAGCCUCCUGCACCUCCAGCCACGACAGAUGACCAUCUAUCUCCCAGAGGUUCGGAAAAUCUCCAUGGACUAUAUUAAUUUACCUGUCUUCAACCCUAAUGUUUUCAGUGAAGAUGAAGAUGAUUUACCAGUGACAGGAGCAUCUGGCGUCCCUGAGAACAACCCACCUUGCACUGUGAAUAUCCCUAUUGCACCGAUCCACAGCUCUGCUCAAGCUAUGUCCCCUACACAGAGCAUAGGGCUAGUGCAGUCCCUACUGGCCAAUCAGAACGUGCAGCUGGAUGUCUUGACCAACCAGACGACAGCCGUAGGGGCAGCAGAGCAUGCAGGUGACAAUGCCACCCCUUACCCAGUCUCCAACCGGUACUCCAAUCCUGGACAGGUGAUUUUUGGAGGUGUGGAAAUGGGUCGCAUCAUUCAGAACCCCCCUCAGCUGUCCCUGCCGCCGCCACCACAGGGACCCAUGCAGCUGUCCACGUUGGGCCAUGGAGACCGAGACCAUGAGCUCCUGCAGAAGCCAACCAAGGCCCUGCGACCAGCGCCACAGCUGGCAGCUGAGGGGGAUGCAGUGGUCUUCAGUGCCCCCCAGGAGGUCCAGGUAACAAAGAUGAACCCUCCACCCCCGUACCCAGGAACCAUCCCCGCCGCGCCCACCACAGCAGCACCCCCGCCCCCUCUGCCGCCACCGCAGCCCCCAGUGGAUGUGUGCCUGAAGAAGGGCGACUUUUCUCUCUACCCCACACCGGCGCACUUCCAGACGCCCCUGGGCUACGAGCGGAUCACCACCUUUGACAGCAGCGGCAAUGUGGAGGAGGUGUGCCGGCCUCGUACUCGGAUGUUAUGUUCCCAGAACACCUACACCCUCCCCGGCCCAGGCAGUUCCGCCACCUUGAGGCUCACAGCCACUGAGAAGAAGGUGCCCCAACCCUGCACCAGUGCCACCCUGAACCGCCUGACCGUCCCUCGCUACUCCAUCCCCACCGGGGACCCACCCCCGUAUCCCGAAAUUGCUAGCCAGCUGACGCAGGGGCGGGGCGCUUCCCAGAGACCUGACAGCAUCCUCAUCCAUGCCACUCUGCGGAGGAACAACCGCGAGGCCGCGCUCAAGAUGGCGCAGCUGGUUGACAGUCCACGAGCCCCCCUGCAGCCCCCAGCCAAGCCCAAGGGUGGGUCUGGGGGGGCAGUGGCCCAGCUACCGGCACGGCCCCCACCCACCCUGUACACCUGCAGCCAGUGCAGUGGCGCAGGGCCUGGCUCACAGCCCACAGCCCUGACCCAUGCCGUCAGCACCUCCCCGCUGGCCUCCCAGUCCUCCUACAACCUCCUGAGCCCGCCUGACAGCGCCCGCGACCGCACCGACUAUGUCAACUCGGCCUUUACGGAGGAUGAGGCCCUGUCCCAGCACUGUCAGCUGGAGAAGCCUCUGAGGCACCCCCCACUGCCCGAAGCUGCUGUCACCAUGAAACGGCCACCUCCUUAUCAGUGGGACCCUGUGCUGGGUGAGGACGUUUGGGUUCCCCAGGAAAGGACAGCACAGACUGCAGUGCCCAACCCCUUAAAGCUGCCCCCUCUGAUGCUAGGCCAGGGCCAGCACCUGGACGUGUCCCGAGUGCCCUUUAUCUCCCCCAAGUCUCCCGCCAGCCCUACUGCCACUUUCCAGACAGGCUAUGGGAUGGGCGUGCCGUAUCCAGGAAGCUACAACAACCCCCCUCUGCCCGGAGUGCAGGCUCCCUGCUCUCCCAAAGACGCCCUGUCCCCCACACCGUUUGCACAACAGGAGCCUGCCGUCGUCCUCCAGCCAGUGUACCCACCCAGCCUUUCCUACUGCACCCUGCCCCCCAUGUACCCAGGAAGCAGCACGUGCUCGAGUUUACAGCUGCCACCUGUCGCCUUGCAUCCAUGGAGUUCCUACAGCGCCUGCCCCCCCGUGCAGAACCCCCAGACCACUCUCCCCGCCAAGCCACACUUGGUGGUGGAGAAGCCCCUUGUGUCCCCACCGCCUGCUGAUCUCCAGAGCCACAUGGGCACAGAGGUGAUGGUCGAGACUGCAGACAACUUCCAAGAAGUCCUCUCCCUGACUGAAAGCCCGGUCCCCCAGCGGACAGAAAAAUUUGGGAAGAAGAAUCGGAAGCGCCUGGACAGCCGCGCGGAGGAAGGAAAUGUUCAGGCCAUCACUGAGGGCAAGGUGAAGAAGGAGGCAAGGGCUCUGAGUGACUUUAAUUCACUUAUCUCCAGCCCCCGCCUGGGUAGAGAGAAGAAGAAAGUGAAGAGUCAGAAAGACCAGCUGAAGUCCAAGAAGCUGAACAAGACGAAUGAGUUCCAGGAUAGCUCUGAGAGCGAGCCCGAGCUGUUCAUCAGUGGGGACGAGCUAAUGAACCAGAGCCAGGGCAGCAAGAAGGGCUGGAAGAGCAAGAGGACCCUGCGUACUGCCAGCGAGCUAGAGGAGUCCAAGUGCCGGCGGGCCAGCGAGAAGGAGGAUGGGCGGCUGGGCAGCCAGGGCUUCGUGUACGUGAUGGCCAACAAGCAGCCACUGUGGAACGAGGCCACCCAGGUGUAUCAGCUGGACUUCGCGGGACGGGUAACCCAGGAGUCAGCCAAGAAUUUCCAGAUCGAGUUGGAGGGGCGGCAGGUGAUGCAGUUUGGACGGAUUGAUGGCAAUGCCUACAUUCUAGACUUCCAGUACCCCUUCUCAGCCGUGCAGGCCUUUGCAGUUGCCCUGGCCAAUGUGACUCAGCGCCUCAAAUGAAGAGACUGGAGUGGGGCAGAGGGAGACAUGGAGGAGCCUUUCAAAGAGGCCUUUGGAGAGGCCAGAGGAGCCCACACAGGACCGGAUGGAUACCCAGGAGGACCAGAAGACAGCAGGAAACUGGAAAUGCUGGUUGGGCCCAGGAAAGGGCACUGACCUUCCCUUGUUGUCCUUGAUUUGGUCUUUAUUAUCCUUUAUUGUCUUUCUUUUCUUCUUUCGGUGGAGUUGCAUUUGGAAGCAAAAGGUGCGAGGCACCUGCUGUUCUUUCAGGAAAUGUAGCGGGGCUGUGGUAACGCUCUACUGGGUUUGCUGUGUUGGUGACUGGGACGAGAGCCCUGCAGAAUAAAGACAGACUGCCUUACAGCCUGCUCUCUUAGACCUAGGGAGAGUGCACAACUGUGUUCUCCAUGACAGCUAGCCUUCAUUACUCCUCCAACAUCACCACUGGUGUAAAAAUUAAAAACUGUUACAAA